CCGUCACCCAACCACCGAUCAGUGCAGUCAGUUUCCGCCGGCCUGCGGGCAACGAUUAUCAGUAUUAUCACUUUACGUUGGCCUUGACAGAUGGCAGUGGCAGUAGUGGGACUUAGGACAGAGGACUUGACAUUCGUAGUUCACCGAUCGCCAUAGUUUGAACUUACUCAAUAGUCAAAACUCAUCAUUUGUGUUCGUCUGCUAUCCCUACCGAUCAUCAGUCAAUCAUUUACAUUUUAAAAAUAUAAAUCAUUUUCAUUGAACGAAGACGGUGAGUGCAGUCCCGUCCACCCUUCUCAGUACAGUCACCAAACGUCUAAUAAGCAUUAGCUUAAACUCCAAGAUGCCAGUUAAAGUUGGAGAUACCGUGCCAAACGUAGACCUGUUCGAAAACACACCUGCCAACAAAGUUAAUAUAUCGGAACUGUGCAAUGGAAAAACUGUUGUACUUUUUGCUGUUCCUGGAGCAUUCACUCCAGGCUGCUCGAAGACUCAUUUGCCUGGUUAUAUAAACACUGCUGCAGAUCUCAAAAGUAAAGGUGUAGAUGAAAUUGUCUGCGUUUCUGUGAAUGAUGCCUUUGUAAUGGCAGCUUGGGGUCAAGAUCAAAAAGCUGAAGGAAAAGUACGAUUAUUAGCUGAUCCCAAUGCAGAACUCACAAAGGCUUUUGAUUUGGCCAUUGAUUUGCCACCAUUAGGCGGCACCCGUUCUAAGAGAUACUCAAUGCUAAUCAAAAAUGGUAAAGUGGAACAAUUAAAUGUUGAGCCAGAUAACACCGGAUUGUCUUGUUCAUUAGCUAAUAAAAUUGUUUUGUAAUUUUA